AUGUCUGGUAUCGGCGAGGCCAGCCUCGUGCUCGGCCUGAUUUCGUCUAUCAUCGCGAUAUACGAUGGCGCUCACGAGAUCUACGACGCGGCGAGCGACGUCAACCGCCUCCCUCGGAAGUUUCAGCUCGCCGCCGAGCAGAUCCCCUUGGUGCUCCAUAUUCUCGGUCUUGCAGAACGGAAUAUCAGAGCCAGCGGUGUGAGCCAGGAUGCGCUGCAGAAUGCGACUCCAAUUCUAGAACGGUGCAAGGAGAGUGCCGCGGUGGUCAAGGAGAUUUUCGACAAAACUGUACCUUCUAAAGAUGCCACGAGGAGCGAGCGGUACAAGAAGGCGGUGGGGAUCAAGUUGAAGAGCAACAAGGUGAAGGAGCAAAUGGAAGAGGCGGUCAAGAGCAUGCAACUCCUUGCGCUAUAUCAAUUGUUUCAAGAUGCUGAGGCGCUGAAGGAUAUCCAGGAGGCCCUCGAGCAGCUUGGCCAGGUUCCUGACGAGGAGCCGCCACCUCACUUCGUCCACUCCGGCUGCGGGCCACUGAACGCACAUACGGGGACAGGCAACGUGGAAAGUUACAGCCACUUCGGACCCGGUGAUAUUUACAAGAAGGUAGACUUCAGCUUUCGAAAACCUGUCGGAGUCUGCCUCGGCCAAGUGCCCUGUAUCGACUCGAAACUUUUCGUCGGACGCGAAUCUGAACUCGACGAGAUGAAAGUCGUUCUGCAGUCAGUGGACCCGUCCUUCGGGGAGCGACGGGUAGUUCUCGGUGGAACAGGUGGCAUCGGCAAGACGCAGCUGGCCAUCGCCUACGCCCGGCACAACCACAACGUUUACGAUUCGGUACUCUGGUUCGAUGCGGCCUCGGAGAUCACACUCAAGGACAGUCUCCGGUCGAUGGCUCAAGUGAUCUUUGAUGCCCAGGAGCCCGGAGUCCUUAAGGGCGAGCAAACUCUAGCUCACGUGCAUCGGUGGCUGUCAGAUCCCAAGAACACUCGAUGGCUACUGAUAUACGAUAAUUAUGAUGAUCCGGGACGAUUUCGUAUCGAAGCCUACUACCCACCCGUUUCUCAUGGAGCUAUUAUUGUGACCACACGUCGGCCUGAUUUGGUUCACGGAAAGCCAGUCCGUGUCCAGCCGAUCCUCGACGUUGAGGAAAACCUGAAGAUUUUGCAAACUCGAUCUGGACGGGAAGGCGUUGAAGCUGACCCUCAUGCGAGACGCCUGGCGGAGCGACUUGAUGGUCUUCCGCUGGCUUUGGCCACCGCCGGGGCAUAUCUCUCUCAGAGCACAUUCACGUUUGAGCGAUACCUCCAGGAAUAUGAGUGCCGCUGGAACUUUGACGUGCGGCGACCUCAGCAACUCCAGGAGUACCAGAAUCGGACACUUUACACGACCUGGGAUCUAUCCUAUACCCGCCUCGAGAUCGAGGAUGCUGAAGCCGCGAAGUUCUUAAAAUCACUGGCCUACUUCGACCAUCAAAGCCUGUGGUAUGAACUAUUCCUUGGGGGACUUACAGACGACACGCCGCAGUGGCUCCAAGAUAUUGUCAGCAACGAUGUUGAUUUUGAGAGCGUGAUGAGAAGGCUGACAGCUUACUGCUUUUUGGAAGUGCGAGUGCCGCUCCAGUCGUGGAGUAUGCAUACCUGCGUACACGACUGGACCUUAGCAGCGCUGAACACGACUAUCGACGUCCAGCAGUAUUGGUACGCUGUUGACUCCGUUGGUGCAUCUGUCGAUGAGGAUGACUGGCAGAUUCUAGGACACCUCAAGUACACUCGGCUAGUUGCUCAUGCAAGGUGGGUCGCACAAGACCGCUUUUGUGGACAUGGGCUGGGCGACAACAUUGUCCUCGACCGACUUGAAAAAGUAUUCACAAUUGCACUUUUACUUCAACAACAAAUCCAGCUGGGCGAGGCGGAGCAGAUGUAUCGACGGGCGCUGACUGGGUAUGAGAAGACACUAGGAGCUGAGCACAUAUCGACCCUCGGUACAGUUAACAAUCUCGGCCUUCUCUAUACUAAGCAAGGUAAGCUGAGCGAGGCGGAGCAGAUGUAUCGACGGGCCUUAGCUGGGAUGAAGAAGGUGCUGGGAGUGGACCACCUAUCGACCAUCAAUACCGUUAAUAACCUCGGUCUUCUAUAUGCUGAGCAGAGUAAGCUGAACGAGGCGGAGCAGAUGUAUCAACGGGCGUUAACUGGGUACGAGAAGGUAUUUGGAGUGGACCAUCUAUCAACCCUGAGUACCUUUAACAAUCUCGGUAAUCUCUAUGCUGAGCAAGGCAAGCUGAGCGAGGCGGAGCAGAUGUAUCGACGGGCCUUAGCUGGGCGCGAGAAGGUGUCUGGAGUGGACCACCUAUCAACCCUCGAUACUAUUAACAAUCUCGGCCUUCUCUAUCGUUACCAAGGCAAGCUAGGUGAGGCGGAGCAGAUGUAUCAACGGGCGCUAACUGGGUACGAGAAAACACAAGAAGCCGGGCACACAUCAACACUAAGUACCGUUAAUAACCUCGGACUACUCUAUCAUGACCAGGGCAAGCUAAGCGAGGCGGAGCUGAUGUAUCGACGGGCGCUAGCUGGAUACGAGAAGGCGCUGGGAUCGAACCAUACAUCUACCCUUAUUACCGUUAACAAUCUCGGCAAGCUGAGCGAGGCGGAGCUGAUGUAUCGACGGGCGCUAGCCGGGAAGGAGAAGGCGCUAGGCGCGAACCAUAUAUCGACCCUAAGUGUCAUUCACAAUCUCGGCCUUCUCUAUGCUCAGCAAGGCAAGCUGAGCGAGGCGGAGCAGAUGUAUCGACGGGCGCUGGCUGGGUACGAGAUGGCGUUGGGAGUUGAUCACACAUCGACCCUUACUAUUGCUCACAACCUCGGCCUUCUCUAUGCUAAGCAAGGCAAGCUGGGCGAGGCGGAGUAG